CCUCCAGUGUUUUCCGACUGUCCCUGUGUGAGUUAAUGGCUCCUCCUGCUAGAUACGGAGCUGGUAGCGAGCAGUCCGAAAAACACUAACUACACCCGGGUAGAUAGCUAGCGCACUGGGUGGUUUGAGAGAGCGAGGCUCACCGGGUUGUAGUCGAGGCCUGGUGUUAAAGCGUGAAGCGGAUGGUCGAGGAAAGCGUUCUGUAUUUUAACAACAGACUCUCCAAAAAAUGAACUCCGUCAGAGCCACCAACCGGAGACCCAGGCGAGUCUCAAGGCCGCGCCCGGUGCAGCCCGACCGGAACGAGGGGGACCGAGCAGAUGAGGAGGCUCCAGCUGCAGCAGCGGAGGUGGCUGUGGAGGAGUCUGGGCCUGCAGCUGGGAACAGCCCCUAUCAGCUCCGACGCAAGUCUCUACUGCCCAAGAGAACAGCCUCCGGUACUGCAGCGGCCUGCCCCAGCAAGACCGCUAUGGAGGGAGCGUCCACCUCGACGACAGAACCCUUCGGUCACCGAGCCAAACGGGCCAGGGUCUCUGGCAGGAGCCACGACCUGCCAGCCGCUCUAGCAGAGCAGUACCUGCAGCAGAAGCUUCCAGAUGAGGUGGUUCUGAAGAUCUUCUCAUAUCUCCUGGAGCAGGACCUCUGUCAGACUGCCUGCGUCUGCAAACGCUUCAGCGAGCUAGCCAACGACCCUAUACUCUGGAAGCGUCUGUACAUGGAGGUGUUUGAGUACACCCGUCCCAUGAUGCACCCCGAGCCAGGCAAGUUCUACCAGGUCAGCCCUGAAGAACACGACCACCCCAACCCCUGGAAGGACAGCUUCCAGCAACUGUAUAAAGGAGCCCAUGUGAAGCCAGGCUUUGCUGAACAUUUCUACAGCAACCCUGGGAGGUUCAAAGGCAGGGAGAAUAUGCUGUACUAUGACACCAUAGAAGAUGCAUUAGGAGGGGUGCAGGAGAGUCAUUUUGAUGGGCUGAUCUUCGUCCACUCUGGGAUCUACACUGACGAGUGGAUCUACAUAGAGUCCCCCAUCACCAUGAUUGGAGCAGCUCCUGGUAAGGUGUCUGAUAAGGUGGUGAUUGAGAACACCAGAGACUCAACGUUUGUCUUCAUGGAGGGAUCGGAGGACGCCUACGUAGGGUACAUGACUAUCAGGUUUAACCCAGAUGAUAAGUCAGCUCAGCACCACAACGCCCACCACUGUCUGGAGAUCACUGUCAACUGUUCUCCCAACAUAGACCACUGUAUCAUCAGAUCUACCUGCACAGUGGGCUCGGCUGUGUGUGUGAGCGGCCAGGGGGCGUGUCCUACCAUCAAACACUGCAACAUCAGCGACUGUGAGAACGUUGGACUUUACAUCACCGACCAUGCACAGGGUAUCUAUGAGGAUAAUGAGAUCAGUAAUAAUGCAUUGGCGGGAAUCUGGGUAAAAAACCACGGCAACCCCAUCAUCAGACGAAACCACAUCCACCACGGCCGAGAUGUAGGAGUCUUCACCUUCGACCACGGCAUGGGUUAUUUUGAGAGUUGUAACAUCCACAGGAAUCGUAUAGCAGGCUUUGAGGUGAAGGCGUAUGCUAACCCUACAGUGGUUCGCUGUGAAAUUCACCAUGGCCAGACAGGGGGCAUCUAUGUGCAUGAGAAAGGAAGAGGACAGUUUAUAGAAAACAAGAUCUACGCCAACAACUUCGCUGGAGUCUGGAUCACCUCCAACAGCGACCCUACGAUACGGGGCAAUGCAAUCUUUAACGGUAACCAAGGGGGCGUGUACAUAUUUGGCGAUGGGCGUGGCCUGAUCGAGGGGAACGAUAUCCAUGGCAACGCUCUGGCAGGAAUCCAAAUCAGAACCAACAGCUGCCCGAUUGUACGCCAUAACAAGAUCCACGACGGACAGCACGGCGGCAUCUACGUGCAUGAGAAGGGCCAGGGUGUGAUCGAGGAGAACGAGGUGUACAGCAACACGCUGGCAGGAGUCUGGGUGACAACUGGCAGCACGCCUGUCCUCCGCAGAAACCGCAUCCACAGCGGCAAACAGGUUGGCGUGUAUUUCUAUGACAACGGCCAUGGGGUGUUGGAAGACAACGACAUCUACAAUCACAUGUACUCCGGCGUUCAAAUACGGACGGGCAGCAACCCCAAGAUCCGACGCAACAAGAUCUGGGGAGGACAGAACGGAGGCAUCCUGGUCUACAACUCGGGUCUGGGUUUCAUCGAGGACAAUGAGAUCUUCGACAACGCCAUGGCGGGCGUGUGGAUUAAGACGGACAGCAACCCCACGCUGCGGCGCAACAAGAUCCACGACGGGAGAGACGGAGGCAUCUGUAUCUUCAACGGAGGGCGAGGUCUCCUGGAGGAGAACGAUAUCUUCAGGAACGCCCAGGCGGGAGUUCUGAUCAGCACCAACAGCCACCCGGUGCUCCGCAAGAACCGCAUCUUCGACGGUUUUGCUGCAGGUAUCGAGAUAACCAACCACGCCACUGCAACUCUGGAGGGAAACCAGAUCUUCAACAACCGUUUCGGAGGCCUGUUCCUCGCCUCGGGGGUGAACGUGACCAUGAAAGUCAUUCUGUGCAGAUUCAUCACUCUCCCUUCUAACGAGUCCUACACAGCUUGUGUUCGUCGUAGAUGGAAACAGAAGACACAUAAUAAGAUAAUGAAUAACCAGGAUGCCAUAGAGAAAGCUGUGAGCAGAGGACAAUGUCUCUACAAGAUCUCCAGCUACACCUCCUACCCCAUGCAUGACUUUUACAGGUGUCACACCUGCAAUACGACAGACAGGAACGCCAUCUGUGUGAACUGCAUCAAGAAGUGUCACCAAGGACACGACGUGGAGUUUAUACGGCACGAUAGGUUUUUCUGUGACUGUGGAGCGGGAACUCUGUCCAACCCCUGUACUCUGGCUGGAGAACCCACACACGACACAGACACACUUUACGACUCAGCCCCGCCCAUAGAGUCCAACACGCUGCAACACAACUGAACACACACACAUCACAUGUACACACACCCUAUAAUCUACAUACACACACUACAUAACACACAUUCAUAACACACUCCUAUAUAUAUAUAUAUAUAUAUAUAUACACACACAGACAUAUUCAUCACUCACACACGCUGACCAUAGGGAGCCAGAGAGACUGAAUACGGUGUUCUCAGCCGGGACUGGCAUAGAGGAACCCUGAGAUUCAGAGAGACUGAAUACGGUGUUCUCAGCAGGGACUGGCAUAGAGGAACCCUGAGAUUCAGAGAGACUGAAUACGGUGUUCUCAGCAGGGACUGGCAUAGAGGAACCCUGAGAUUCAGAGAGACUGAAUACGGUGUUCUCAGCAGGGACUGGCAUAGAGGAACCCUGAGAUUCAGAGAGACUGAAUACGGUGUUCUCAGCAGGGACUGGCAUAGAGGAACCCUGAGAUUCAGAGAGACUGAAUACGGUGUUCUCAGCAGGGACUGGCAUAGAGGAACCCUGAGAUUCAGAGAGACUGAAUACGGUGUUCUCAGCAGGGACUGGCAUAGAGGAACCCUGAGAUUCAGAGAGACUGAAUACGGUGUUCUCAGCAGGGACUGGCAUAGAGGAGCCCUGAGAUUCAGAGAGACUGAAUACGGUGUUCUCAGCAGGGACUGGCAUAGAGGAACCCUAAGAUUCAGAGAGACUGAAUACGGUGUUCUCAGCAGGGACUGGCAUAGAGGAACCCUGAGAUUCAGAGAGACUGAAUACGGUGUUCUCAGCAGGGACUGGCAUAGAGGAACCCUGAGAUUCAGAGAGACUGAAUACGGUGUUCUCAGCAGGGACUGGCAUAGAGGAACCCUGAGAUUCAGAGAGACUGAAUACGGUGUUCUCAGCAGGGACUGGCAUAGAGGAACCCUGAGAUUCAGAGAGACUGAAUACGGUGUUCUCAGCAGGGACUGGCAUAGAGGAACCCUGAGAUUCAGAGAGACUGAAUACGGUGUUCUCAGCAGGGACUGGCAUAGAGGAACCCUGAGAUUCAGAGAGACUGAAUACGGUGUUCUCAGCAGGGACUGGCAUAGAGGAACCCUGAGAUUCAGAGAGACUGAAUACGGUGUUCUCAGCAGGGACUGGCAUAGAGGAACCCUGAGAUUCAGAGAGACUGAAUACGGUGUUCUCAGCAGGGACUGGCAUAGAGGAACCCUGAGAUUCAGAGAGACUGAAUACGGUGUUCUCAGCAGGGACUGGCAUAGAGGAACCCUGAGAUUCAGAGAGACUGAAUACGGUGUUCUCAGCCGGGACUGGCAUAGAGGAACCCUGAGAUUCAGAGAGACUGAAUACGGUGUUCUCAGCAGGGACUGGCAUAGAGGAACCCUGAGAUUCAGAGAGACUGAAUACGGUGUUCUCAGCAGGGACUGGCAUAGAGGAGCCCUGAGAUUCAGAGAGACUGAAUACGGUGUUCUCAGCAGGGACUGGCAUAGAGGAACCCUGAGAUUCAGAGAGACUGAAUACGGUGUUCUCAGCAGGGACUGGCAUAGAGGAACCCUGAGAUUCAGAGAGACUGAAUACGGUGUUCUCAGCAGGGACUGGCAUAGAGGAACCCUGAGAUUCAGAGAGACUGAAUACGGUGUUCUCAGCAGGGACUGGCAUUGAGGAACCCUGAGAUUCAGAGAGACUGAAUACGGUGUUCUCAGCAGGGACUGGCAUAGAGGAACCCUGAGAUUCAGAGAGAGACCGAGACAGUGAUGCACUUGGGAGUCUCUUCUAAAGGGAACUAUGAAGCUGGUCUGAAUUUGACUGGUCUGGUCUGGAUUAGCCUCUGGUCUACUGUGAUGUGAAACUGACUCGUACUGAACGGCCACAUGAGAUUCUCACCAUUGCAUCUCUGGACGCCAAAUGGCCAGGUAGAGGAUGGAGAGUGAGUGUGGAGAGGGUAGGGAAGUGGCUACUCUGAUAAUGUCGGAGUGGCCAAUGAGACUUCCUUUGCCUGUGACCCCUCACAUCUCGGCGACUCUCCAGGAUCCUGGGAAUCUAACUUCCUCCCAAGAUAAGAAGAAAGGAGAUUUAGCCCCACCCACUGAGAAAACGCUUCCUGUUCAGAGGCAUCUGUUACUAGGCAGUGGAUGGAUGAUAUAUACAUACGUACUGCUAACGGAAGAGAGGGACUUUGAUCAAGCACCUCUGCUUUUAUAAUAUGUUAUUCUGAUCAACAGAUAUUAUUUUAAUGCUUUCUCAUGUAGUUUUGUAUUUACAAGCAAAAAAUCUUACUGUAUUUGAAUGUCUUUUUAUUAUUAUAUAUUAUAAUUAUAAAUGUUUGUUGUGUUGACCCCAGGCUUGCUGCAGUAGCUGUUAAUGUCCCAGUGGAUUUGUUCUUUCUGUGAAAGAGAAUCACGUUUAACACUAAAGUCUCUCUCCAGGCUAGUAGAUGUAGGACUGGUGGAAGAUUGUGUGUGUGUGUUGGAAGGGUGCAUGUGUAUGUUUGUGUUCAUAUGCAGUCCGUGUUUCUGGAGAGGGUCAGAUACGGGGCAUCGGGACUUUUUCAAACUGGGACAGACGAGUCGUUCUGCAGCCCCCUUCCCCAUCUCUCCCUCUCAUAUUCUCUCCCCUCCUCGUUCCCUCUCCUCCCUCCCUACUUCCCCCCUCUCUUCCUUACCCUGAUCUCUCCCUCUCCUAUUCUCUCCCCCCUUCCUUUUCUCUCUUUGUAUUCUGGUGACUGUGGCUCCUCAUACAGCCUGGAUUGUAUGCAUGUGUACCAUAACAUCAAGGUCGUGUGCCCCUGCUCAGACGCUGUGUGCCACGUCGUCGACUGUGCCGUCGAGAACCAGAUUGCUAUUACAUAUGUGGUUAAUUGAUGCGUAAAAUUCCUUCCCAGGCAUAAGAUCUGGCUCGCAUCAAUAACGUCUGAGCAGUGGGACACAACCCUAGACUUAAUAUAUUGUGAAGUAUUAAUACAACCAUUAUGUAGAUGCUAGUAUGAAUUCAAAAAGGGUUUAAUUUCCUAGGAAGAAAGAAAAAAAAAGAAGACGGAAACUGGUCGUUUGUAAGAAAAUAAAACUUUAUUAGAUCAGCGGUG